AGAGGGCACUGUGAGACAACACACAUCAGUCCUUUGAGGGUUUCAAGAUGCUCGGGAGGGUUGCUUGUUUGGCGCUUGUUUUAUCAGGUUGGUGUGCGGGCGAGGAUGUCCUACCCCCGGGGCCUCUGAGCGGAGCUGUGGCGGGCGCGGUGACGUUCUCCACUACGCUCAAACCUCCCCAGAGUCUGUUUCUCUCAGUCCGCUGGAGCUUCAAAGAGGACAACAUCAUCACCUCCACCAGCACCAACAUCACUGAUCCCAAAUAUGCCAACCGGAUCUCGUUGGACCGCGCCACGGGCGCCCUGGAGCUCAGGAACCUGGUGCUGGCGGACACCGGGGAGUACACCGUAACCAUCAUACCGGACGCGGGGCUGCCCAAACAGGGGAAGACCACACUGAAUGUGUAUGCGCUGAUAACUGAAGCGACCAUCACCAGCAGCCCUGCAGCCAUCUUGAUAGAAGACAAAAGCUCGGCCAACCUCAGCUGCGAGGCCCUUGGCUCCAUCAGCACCAUUGAGUGGAUGAAGGACAAGCGGCCGCUCCGUCCGAGUGGGAGGGUCACCUUCUCCGUGGACAACAAGACGGUGUUCCUGCAGCCAGUUCACAGCUCCCACCACGGCACCUACCAGUGUCGAGUCAGCAACCCAGUCAGCACCGUGACUGUGGCCCGAGAUCUCACUGUCAACUUUGGACCACAUAACAUAUCAAUUAUUGGACCAUCAGCAGCAGCACCUGGCCAGAGAGUCGCACUGGAGUGCACAGCAGACUCUGUCCCACCAGCAAACUUCAGCUGGAUGUUCAACGGCAACGACAUGCGUGUGAAUAACUCCGUGUACACCAUAGAGCGGUUUGAGGUAGAACGCAUGGGGAAUUACACCUGCACUGCCAGAAAUAUGGUGACUAUGCUGGAAAACUCCACAGUUCUGAACCUGAAAGCAUCCUGCAGUGCUCCCCAGUGGUCGUAUUUAUUGCUUCUCAUCAGCGCAAUAAUCAGGAGUUAUAGUGAAGCGUUAUCUAUGGCUAAUGACAUCAUAUUACUAACAAUGAAAACCUCCAGCAAAGCACCUCUUGCAGUUCUGAAGAUGAUCUUUUUUUCAUUAAUAUCAGCACAAAAAGUCAAAGUCUUGCCUUCAGUGACGGGAUACCUCGGCCACGAUGUCACACUGCCAUGCCAAUUCAUCCCAGGGCCAAGCGAUACCAAGGAUCAGCUUCAGUGGGAGCUGCAACCACCAAAAGGAAAGAAAAUCAACAUUGUUGUUUCUCAUCACAAAUUCGGAGUUAAUGUUUCAGACUCGUUUCUAAAGGGGAGAGUAGAGAUUAAAGAAGAAUCUCUGAUAAUCCACAAAGUGGAAAUGAGAGAUGAAGGGUCUUACACCUGCAGCAUUACAGCCUUUCCUAGUGGUUCACUUAAAGGGACCACCCAGCUUCAUGUUCAAGAACAGAUGCCGUUAUCCUCCGGGUCGGUGUCUGCUAUAGUGAUUGCUGUCAUUGUGCUGUUAGUGGUCAUUGCAGCCGUUGUUUAUCAGAUCAGAAGAUGUGAUGCUACGGCCAGGCAGCGUGUCUCCAUAGAUACAGGUGGUGCACAGGUGGAUGUGGGCAGACAGUCUUUCAUUGUGAGAGACGAGAAUGUGGUUUAUUCUGACGUCAAGCUCAAACGAUCAAGAGACUCUGCACCUUCACCGGAUGAGAAGCACACAGACGAUGUCACGUACUCCGAGGUCUUUAGUUUGCGCCAGCAACCCAAAUCAGAGGAAAUGUGCGUUUAAGUAAAGACAAAGUUCUCUCUACCUGCAGAGCGAAAAACCAAAACAACCAACAAUUUUCACCAAGUCGGCAACUGGCUGGCAUGCUCUAAAAUAAUCAAUGCAGCCAUGCUGUUAUGUGAUUCAGAACUGUACUAUAAGCUCACAUUGGCAUGCUAACAAUGACAACGCUACAAUGUUUGUGUUUAGCAGGCUUACCAUCUUCAUCUUGUUGGUUAAACAUUUCAGUGUGCAAUAUUUUUUUUUAAAUUGUAGCU